GUCCGUGUCCGUCCUCUCGAUCUCUACAGCAGCUAACUAGCUAGCCACCAUUGCACCACGUCUUUCCUCUCUGUCUCCAUCUCUUGCUCGAUCAUCAUACACACAUACCCGAUCGACUGCUCCAGCCUCCAGCUCGGUGUCGUAUAGUAGUGUAUAUGGCAAUGAGCGAGCCGAGCUCCGACACCUCGUGCACGUCCUCCUGCUCGUCCGGACCCUCCACGUCCACCAGCCCGCGCGCGGCGCCCUCCGCCGCCGCCGCCGCCGCAUCGGGCGGCGGCAAGAAACGUCCGCGCUCAGACGACGGCGGGUCCAGCUCCAGCUCCGCCCCGGCGUACCGCGGCGUCCGCAUGCGCGCGUGGGGCAAAUGGGUGUCGGAGAUCAGGGAGCCCCGCAAGAAGUCGCGCAUCUGGCUGGGCACCUUCCCGUGCCCGGAGAUGGCGGCGCGCGCGCACGACGCGGCCGCGCUCAGCGUCAAGGGCGCCCGCGCAGUGCUCAACUUCCCGGGCCUCGCGCGCCACCUCCCGCGCCCGGCCUCCCUCGCGCCGCGCGACGUCCAGGCCGCCGCCGCGCGCGCCGCGCUCAUGCACCACUCGUCCGCAGGCUGCUGCUGCUGCGGUGGCGGCGGCGGCGGCGGCUCUACCGCCACCGCCACCUCGUCCUCAUCCUCCUCCUCGGCGGCGGCGGACGUCGGCGGCUGCGGCCAGCGGCGAGAUGGCGCCGCUGCGCACGACGAGCCUGAGCCUGAGCGGCAGCCCCUAGAGGUGGCCGCCGAGCUGGUGUUCGACGAGCUGGCGCCGCUGUGGGUGGAGGACGUGGUGGAGCUGGGGCCGUCCGCCGAUCACCCGUGGCCGUGGACGCCGUGCGAUGGGCUCGACAUCGCCGCCGGCUUCCACCCUCUCCCUCUCCUGUGGGACGACUACUAGCUCGCCUCGCCUCGCCUCGCUUGUGCAUGGCCUUCAACCGUUCUGGUUCUCUGUUUCGUGUUUGUUUUCCAGUGCAAGCCUGUGUGGUCUUUGUCUUCUUUUUUUCACUUGUUUUCAUCCUGUUAUUCUAUCCGUGAAAAGGAGAGAGAGAGAGAGAAAAAAAAGAACACUGCCAUUCCUUCUCCUCCCAACGCAAGGAAAAACUAGCUCGUAAUUUCUUCGUGCGACACUGUUACCCACGAAAGGGGGUUAAGAUUAAACGACAGGUUUACUAUGGAAGCACUGAUUCCGGCCGGAUCC